AUGAAUGUCGCUGCUAUACUUUCUCUUUUUCACACAAUAUGGGCUGUGCCUAUGCUGUUGCUGUCGACGGCGCCUCGAACAUCCGUAAAUGUCUCACAGUUUGAAGUCCUGCCGUUGCCCGAUAGUCCUACUUUGCCGCGCAGCUGGGCUGGCCGGCUACCUAUUCCCGAUACAGAGAAAGGCAAUUCCAUCUUCUUCUGGCUCUUUGAAGCCCAGGACCCCGCAUAUGAUGAGAAUCUGAUCAUAUGGUUCAAUGGUGGACCGGGUUGUUCGUCGCUGAUAGGGUUGAUGACAGGCAACGGGCCUGUCUUGUUCGAUGGCAAUACCACUCAUCUCAUUGAGAACCCACAAUCAUGGACGAAGCUUGGCCACGUUCUCUAUGUCGACCAGCCCGCAGGAACGGGGUUCUCAACGGCAAGCAACCCAUAUCCUGUCCGGGACAAUGACCGGGUAACCUCGGAUUUCUACAAAUGGCUGCAGUCCUUCUUUUCUCACUUUCCCAAUUUUCGUGCCAAGCGUGUCCACAUGAUAGGGGAAUCGUACGCAGGAAUCUACAUCCCGUACUUUGCUUAUGCCAUCGCGGAGAAUCAGGACGAUUACCCGAUCGAUCUCCGUUCCAUAUCUCUAGGGGAUGGCACCCUGGGCAAUCCUGCUGCCAUGACAGCCGUCACAGUUAGCACGUUUCUUGAAUCCAAAAAGAGCUUGCUGCAGAUACCAGGCGAGAUCUUGUCCGCCUUCACGCAAGCCGACCAGACCUGCGGUUUCACAACCCUCCUACAACAGGCCAAUCAGUUUCCUCCGAAGGGCAAGUUCGAGAUCGUAGGGGACCCAGAAAACCUCAACUACAAACACCGGCAUCGCCGACACCAGUUUCAGCAGUACCGGCGCCGCGAUCUGCGAAACGUAAUGAAUGGAACGUGCAACAACCACCCUACCACCCCAGAGCAGGUUAGCUCGUCCAUCCUCAACUCAACCUGCUACGGCUCCUGUGCGACCUUCUCCACCGCCAUGAACUACCUAAACGCUGUCUCCGCCGCCGGCACAGGGAAGCGCUGCUUCGACGUCUACGAUAUCACGAACGACUGUACCAUGAUAGACCCGCUCGGUCUGAUGGCCUCGUAUCUCAGCCGUGGCGACGUCCAAGCCGCUCUGAAUCUGCCCCCAGCACCAGCCGGCCUGGCGUUCGCACCCUGCAACAGCACCAUCCUCGACACCCUGCUGCUAGCCGUUCCGCCCACGCCCCCGGCGUACACCAUCCUCCCUUUCCUCGUGACCGAGCACAAUAUCUCCGUCCACGUCUACUCCGGCGACAAUGACCUGCUUCUCAACCACCUCGGCACAGAAUUGGUCCUCCAGAACAUGACCUGGGGCGGCGCGCAGGGCUUCUCGCGGAAACCCCAUCGAAUCUUCUAUGCAGAUGACGCAGCGCCGGCCUUGCGUGGUUCUGACGCUUGUGAUGUCGAUGUUAGCCAUGAUUCUACUGCCCCGUCAGAAGGAGGACAGCGUUGUGUCCCGGCGGGCAUUUGGGCCUCGGAACGCGGAGUCACCUACCAUCUCUUCCGAGGCGCUGGGCACAGCGUGUUCAUGAAGAAGCCACGGGAGAUGUUCGCCUAUGUGCGGGAUGUUGUCGUUGCGCAUGCAAAUGGCUGA